AUGACUGAUUAUCUUAAGGCAAAGUUUGUAGAAUGGAGUAACAGCGCAAAGAUAAACAAGUACUUGCCAACUCCUCCUUCAUCGCCUGAUCUUAGUCCUACGGUUUCAAUGUCCUCUUUCAAUAAUGUUUUAUCAAAACAAAAUCAUCGUUCAGAACUUGGUCAAGAAACGCCAAGGUCCGCUUCCCCAAGUUCUGAUCCAAGCAGUGCUUUUGACAAUGUUACCCAAACUCCUGUUACUGGUCGUCUCUCUGUUACCAUAGUUGAAGGUCGAAAAUUAAACGUUAGUAACUUUCAAGCUCGCCCAUAUUGUGUCGUAGAAUUCGAUCGUAAUGAAUUUGUUACUCGUGAAGCUAUUCGCGAUUGUGAUGUUCCUGCUUCUCGAAAUGGAAAAAUCGAAUUCUUGGAUCUCGUUCGUGCUGCUACUAGUCCUGUCUGGAAGCAAAAAGCUGUCUUUGACGUUGCACGUUUAGAUGGCGAAGUUCACGUGUUGGUAUAUGAACGUGUCCCUGAUCAUACCAAACCUGAAGUCUUUUUGGGUAUGUUGAAAAUUCAACCUCCCAAAAGUUCUAAUGCCUUAGUUGAUGGAAACUUUGGUAAAGUUUUCCAAGUUCGCAAAAAGGAUACAAAUCGUAUCUACGCCAUGAAGGUUCUUCAUAAGCAAGAUUUAAUUGAACGUCGUGAAGUUGAACAUACUUUAGCUGAAAAAAAUAUUUUAAUUCAAGCUGAAGCUUGCCCAUUCUUAGUGGGUCUUAAAUUCUCUUUUCAAACUCGUACUCACCUUUAUUUGGUAACCGACUUCAUGAAUGGUGGUGAACUAUUUUGGCAUUUACAAAAUGAAAUUAGACUUUCUGAAGAGAGAGCUAAAUUUUAUGCUGCCGAAAUAGUUUUGGCUUUGGAACAUUUACAUAAAUAUAAUAUUGUAUACAGGGAUCUCAAACCUGAAAAUAUCUUGCUUGAUGCUACUGGACAUAUAGCACUUUGUGAUUUUGGUCUAUGUAAGGAAAACCUUGCUGCUGGACAAACGACUAAUACUUUCUGUGGUACUUCGGAAUACCUUGCUCCCGAAGUUUUGGCUGAAUGUGGCUAUGGUAAAUCUGUCGAUUGGUGGAGUUUAGGAAUAUUGUUCUAUGAAAUGAUUGCCGGUUUCAGUCCAUUUUAUACAAACGAUACUCAAUUAAUGUACCGAAAAAUUCUGUUUGGAAAAUUAAAAUUCCCAAAGGGCUUUUUCAGUGAAGAUGCUAAGAGUUUAAUAAAAGGACUUUUGGCUCGAAAUCCUCAUAAUAGGCUCGGCUCACAUAACGAUGCCGAAGAAAUUAAAAAUCAUCCUUUCUUCGCUAAUGUUGAUUGGGAUGCUUUGUAUCGUAAACAAGUUUCUCCCCCAUACAAACCAAAUGUUUCCUCUGAAGACGAUACUUCAUGCUUUGAUCCUUCUUUUACUGAAGAAGAAACUAGUAUUGAAAAUUGGCCUUCCAUUUCAAAAAAUUUAAGUCUCAAUGGGACUAAUGUAUCGAUAAAUAGUGAAAUGUUUGGUGGUUUCACUUAUUCUGGUGAAAAUCCAUGUGGUCUGAAUCCUUACGGCGAUUAUCCUCUUGAACUUGGUUACGAUUUUGAUAUUGGUAGUCCGAGUUCAAGUUCUUCUUCUAGUUCAGGCAGCUGGAGGAAUUUAGGUGGUCCAGUUGAAUCUUAUUGA